GCCCUCCAUAGUCUCAAGUAUCGCGUAAAAAACGUAGUAGUGUAAAUGUAAACAAUUUGUUGGAAGUGAGGUUAUGUUUGUGUGAACAUAUGGUGAUUGCUGAUCAUUAUUACUAUCACAGACACGAACAAGAACACAAAAGUUAAGAGGCUCAAAAAUACCGACGAAAGGGUUACGUCGGUAAAGUCACGAUCUGUAAUCAGCUGUUAAAUGAUAAUAGAACGCGCGAGACGCCUCUUCAAAAGUUUUUUGGAUUUAUUUGAAAUUGUGAGGCAUAAGUAAAUAUAACAAAACUUACUCGGAUGCAGAAAAUGAAUAGUGGACAUGUAUGUUCGGUACCGGGAUGUACCAACAAACAGAAGCCCAUGUUUCGUUUUCCUAACCCCAAAAGAGGGUUAGACUUAUGCUAUCGGUGGAGACAGGCAAUCAACAACCCCAAAUGGGAAAAUGUGACAAACGAGCAUCUCAACAGAACUGCGCGUGUUUGUUCCAAACAUUUCUUAGAUUCUGAACUUGAUUCCACCACAAGACUAUGUUUAAUUAACCGUCUUUUGGUUCCAUCUGUCAACUUGCCAACAGCAGAUCGUUCAUUGGAGUUGGAGCAGUCACCUCCAUCCGAAGUGGGCCAGAAAAGGGUGACACAUGUAAUCAAAGGUGCACCUUUAUUUUCUUUGGAUAGAGAAGUUAAACGAGUUGUAUAUGCGUGUAAAUUUCCGUUGUGUAAAAGUGCCGCUUAUCGUAAUUAUCGCUUUAAUAAGAGAUUCUUCAAAUUUCCCAGAGAUCAAGAAAGACAACAGGUUUGGAGAACAAUUUGUAACAUUGAGCCUCACGUUCGAUGCGAAGAUUUUCGCGUUUGUGAAGAUCAUUUUGAAGCAUCUGAUUUUUUGGGAAGUCGAUUGCUUUUGCCCUUUGCUGUUCCUAAAGCUGUUGUCUUGAAUGACAACGGGGAACAAGUAAAAAUGUCUGUUGGUCCUUCAUACAACAGAGAGAAUCAAAGAAUCCAAAUAGACCUACCAAUAAUACGAGCCGAUAAGGUAAAUCGUCAAAAAUUCAACUUUGAAAAUUUAGUUCAAAAUGUUAAUCCAAUAAAAACCUCAUUAAAAGAAGCCUUGGGCGUUUUAACCGAUCCAAACGUAGAACCUAAUAUUUUUCACGAAGAAAUACAACAAUAUGAGACUUUUGAUAAUGAGAGUGAAGAAUGUGCUCCAUCAUGUCCCUCACCACUUCCACCUAUGGUUCCGACAAACGUGCCCCCACCUCUUAUUAUUCCGUCAUAUAGUUCGAUGUAUCAAGAUAUUAAUCAUGGAAUAAUCGAAAUUGGCUGUCCCACACGCGAUAAAGUUGUUGAAAUAACAAAACCCUACUUCAAAGCACUGAAAAGUUUUUCUUUAGAAAGUAAUUCAGUCCACGAGGUAUGUCGGAUUUGUUUCCGCUUAUUAAAAGAAGAAGAAAUUGUCAAACUGUACGAUGAGGGGCCUCCUUCCCAAGAGACAAAAGAAUUGCGCGAUAUGUUAGAAUUUAUUUUGCCCGAAUUGGACCUCGAAUUAUAUACAAAUGUUGUUGUUUGUACGAAAUGUAGAGACCUUUUGGCCUUCAGUUACGAGUUACAACAUGCCUGGAUGUGUACGGAGAAGAAAUUGCAAAAAGUAGUUGAAGAAAAGAAAAGCUUAACAAAUUUAAGCUCCGAUUUAGUUAUUGUAACGGAAUCAUCUGUUGGCGACGUAAUGAGAGAACACCAUCAAGAUGUAAUUAAUGUUGAUCAUGAUUACGAAAAGAAUGUUGAAAAUGCACCAGUUUUGAAAAGAGAUGAAGUCCAAUAUGUGGCGCGCAGAAUUCUUGAUAAUAUUCCGGAAGACCCUAUAAAUGUAAAUGAGGAUUUUCUAACAAAGAAGAAGCUGAAAUUCUUUUACAGAGGAGUUAAUUUGAGUUCGUAUAAUCUGAUUGGGUUCAGAACCAAAAGAAAAGAAGUCGGGACCAAAUGGGGUGAGGGACCUUAUAUUUGCGAAAUGUGUGCGUUUUUCACCAAAAGUUUGAUUUCCUUCCAACGACAUUUGCGCAAACAUGCGACCAAUAAACUGUCUGGUGAUAUUCCAAAGAAGAAAAAACCAAGGAUUAAAUCGUUCAAAUGCGAUAAAUGUGAUCAGUUGUUUACUAGUCAACAGCAUCUCGAACGGCAUUUCUUAAAGCAUCAGACUUAUAAAUGCGGAAUAUGUGAGAAAGAGUUUAAACUGAAUAGUAUACUACGAAAGCAUGUUAAACAUGUGCAUUUGAAAGAUUACAACUAUUACCAGUGCCAUUUGUGCGGGAAACAAUUUUGUUACAAGGAUUCUUUGAGGUUGCACUUCGUGACACAUAAUUCUGUUAAAACAGUAAAGUGUGAUUUAUGUCCGAAAAAGUUUGCAACGAGGGUUAAAUUAACUAAACAUCUUCGAUCCGUACAUAGCGAUGCUCCUCCAUUAACUUGCAGUUAUUGUGGCAAGUCUAUAAAGAAUGAAAAGAAUUUGGAGAAACAUAUUCAGGUGUAUCAUUUUCAUCAAGGGGAUAUUUGUGAUAUUUGCGGGAAACCAUUUUCGAAAAAAGAUUAUUUGAUAAAACAUAAAAUGCGGGUUCAUGGUGUUGGAACAUUGUGAAACUACUUUUAAAUAAUAAUUUUUUAUAAUGGCA